GAAAUCAAACAAUAUGGCUGCGUCCAUGGAUGUAAACCUUCAAAUGGAUCAGUACCAUGCCCAUCACCCUCAUGUCUCUGGUGGUUCACUGUCUUCCCAUCCUAGUUCGGGGCAUCUGCAACACGAGGGUGCUAAUACCCGCCUGCCGAGUCAGUUUGGCAUCCAGUCACAAGGCCAUCAUUUUGGUCAUGUUCAUGACUCGUAUGUCAAUUCGACCUCAUCUGUCCAGCAGAUUUUGAUGCAACAGCAAAUUCAACAUCAGCGAUCAGCUCAUUUCGCUCCUCAAGGUAUAGUUUGGGAAUAUGGAUUUGUAUUCCAUUUGACGAAUUGUUUACGCUUUUAUCUGUCCAAAGUGAUUUGCUCAUUAUUGGUGAGCUUAGUUACACAUACGAAUGCAUGUCAACGUGUUUGAUGUUAGUCAUUUCUACGUAUUGUCUAUAUCGUAUCAGAUAUUCUGGUUGUUUUUAACGUAUGAAGUAGGCUCUUUUAGAAGUGGACACUUAUGAAUAUAAAUUAGUCUGUCUUGUGUUUAGUUACCCACAAAAGAUCAACCAACCUAGGUAGUGUAGUACUGAAAGAUUCAUGUUUUGUGAAUGUAUUGCGAAUUUACGCAUUCCCAAUUAUUUGUGAAUUCAGUGUCAUUUAGAAUCCACAUGGAGAUAUAUUAUUACUGUUAUAUGGUAAAGUAGAUGGUACUGCUGAAUUCGAAAAGUGACAUCCUGCUUUUCAUAGCAUCACAGACUGUUCUUGUCAAUCAGCUCCCUUAUAUGGUCACUAGGAGCUUAUAAUAUUACUACUACUAUAAGUGGCAACCCAUUGAAUGUUAGAUGAUUAAUAUCCAUCUACUCGCUUAUUAAGAACUAAACCCCAUGAAUUCAGUGCAGCAAACUGAGAAAAUACCAGUAAUAGCGCCUAUUGAAAGUAAACGCUACUCUGACAUGUUGCCUUAUUCUCUAACAGCAUUUGUUAAGGUGCUAUUGCAUUAAGUCAUAACUGAGAUCAAAUUGAGUUGCAAUCGUAUUCAGUUUUAGAUCGUUGGCUCAAAAGUUUAGGUUGUCACAACACCUGUUUACUAUUAAAACGGAACUAAAUUGUUAUUUAUUCUCAAGUUAUUUGAUCUUUUGACCGUUUUGAGCAACUAUGCUGGCAUAUUUGAAAUUAACUUCUCUCCUAUAAGUUCUAAAUAAUGCUUCAGGACUGGUCCACGUCAACGCUUGAAACAAGUAUAAGGCAAAGUAGUUGAGUGUAUCAGUAACUUUACCCAAGUCUCAACGACCCCAGUCAAUUGGUGUCAGACAAAAGCUCGAUUAGCUCUGUCAACUUACAUUAAUGAGAUGUCCGUCAAUCAACGGGAAAAUGAACAUACAGAUCAGAAAUUUACUUUCUGAUUUAUACCUGUGAAACAUGGCUUCUAGUAUUGAGUACAUUUAUAGGUUGUUAGUAUUCGGUCAUAGUUUUCGAUCUAUCCUUUGUGUACUUCAGAACCAUCAAUUUCGCCAUCCUGAGGUUAGACGCAUAGUUGUGAAUAAUAAUUGCAAACCGACUGAUGGGUUAAUGCAUUUUUAUCGACUGAGAUAGGUAAAACAUGUAUCGCGUAUGCCCAUCCACUGACUACCUUGACUCGCGAUAAUAGCUGGUGUAUGGGUAGGUUGGAAGAAAGCUCAGGGAGGCCAAACUAAGAUAUAACAUCAGUCUAUGGAAACACCGAAUUUCGGAUUGAGCCAUGUAGACAGGUGAGGGCUACCUGGUUUGGUUCCGCGUGACUAUCGUAACCAAUGGUUGGAGAAUGUGACGGCUCAGAAUCAAUCACAAUGGCGUAGGUGUAUUCACUCUAUCUUCCUUACGUUGUAGCUGACUGACUGGUCAUGAUAUAUGAGCAUUGUUUAAUUUAUAAAGCUUGAUCAUUGAGUAUCUGUUGCCAGUUUUUGUCCAUUUCGGUUAUCGUAUAAAUUAGUAUCCAGUUGGUUGUGAAUGACGUGCUGGUCUAUAUGAUCCAAAGACAACGUUAGAACCAAUCGACAACUGUUAAAGUUGUGCUUGCUAGUGGUAAAAGUGUCAUGUUGCGGUUUAGAUUUCAGCGUCCUACAAUUUUGUGUGUAUUGUUUGUCUAUCCAAUAAGUGCUGUCUCUCAUGACAUUAAACCCCACGUUAUCGAACUUUUAUUUAUUUGAACACAAACAUUGGUACAAGGAGGGCGCCGAAUACAUAUGCACCUCAAUAACGUUGAGGCUAGUAGUAAUGAUUGAUUUAUGUGAGGGCUUUGAUACUGCUUGAGUGCUCAAACCGAAGCAGGUGGUUUUCUUAGGGGCCACACCCGGAGCCUCCGACCUAAAGGUCUGGUCUACAAGGCAGUGAAGCAACGUAAGGAGAUACCGUCCCAUGUUAGUUGGUGACCAACAAUGGGUUCAUACGCCAUUUGUUCCCUUAGGAUUUUAAAACCCAUGUUCGCCAUUGGUUUGGAAUCAGGGUUUUCCAACUCCAUUUGAUAGAUCCUCCGUGUACACCAACCCAGUUAAAGCUCCGGACAUUCACUUUUUGUCCUCUCGAUUUCGUAAACAACAGUAGUGCCGCGAGGUAGUGAGUAGGACUUCCUUAGCAGUGUUUGCAUACGUGUGGCCAUGUGAGAGCAUUUCGAGAGAGAGCGGACUCUCCUUACUCUCGGCCGUACCAGUGCAUUUGGGGGCGACUUUUGACUUACUACUGAGUAACUGUGAUACAGCUUCAAAGUUAUUUCCAUUUAAUGACAUUCAUAGGAUAGUCUAAAUACCUUGAACACCACGUUAUUACUUGUGCAUUCCUAAGACUAUUUGUCUCAAAGGGUUCAAUGACGUAAUCUUCAAUGCAAAAACUAUUCAUUUGCCAUCUGAUUUUACUGGUGAUAGUAACAAAAGUCGAAGUAGUAUCAUCAGUCAUAAUAACCAUAGAGCUUGUGAUAAGUAGGAGUACACGCAAGUUGCUUUACUAACUUAACUGGGUGAAUUGGAAUUAACAAGAUGGAUAUCAUAGUCAAAAAAGUAGUACAGUCGACAAUAAAAAUACGAAAUAUCGGAAAAUACAGUUCAACAUGAAUAAAUGGAUUAAAAAAAUGAGGGUACGAAAUAAUCUAAAGCUCAGUACUUUGGGUAAGAUAAUGCAAUAUAUGACCGCUAAGGAUCUAUGUAAAUAAACUGUCUAUUCUUGUGUCUUGGAUGUAGUAAAGUCAAAUAAGAAAUUUCAGAGUUAAAUGUGAAGUUUGGAACAGGAAGCGUCCUUUAGUCGGUAAGUUUGUAAAUUUGCUUGGUCCAGAUCAAACUAAAAAUCUUUCUCAUGGAAAUUCAUCGGGCGGUUUUGGGUUAAGACAUAGGAAGGUAACUCUUCUACCAGGUUUGAAUUUUUGUACUCAGCUCUAGGCCAUAUUUUAUGGAGGCUUAUAUAUUUCCACCUAUUAUAUCAUAUUUGGAGAUACUACAUGGUUAUGUAGAGUGUACUAGGUAGGAAAAGAUGUGAACCUAUGGUCCAGUAACUAACUUUUAUGUCCAAAACACGGAGCUACAGCAUUUCCCCCUACUUAGUUAACUACUUGCUCAUACCAUUCGAGAUUUUCAAAUUUUGUUUCGCUCACUAACAUUUUACAAUGUAAAAACAGAUGAGUUUAACGUCUGUUUCAUAUACCGUUGCACCCAUCAUUCACCAGUAGUUUAGAUCGUCCGCAUGCAAUUGGAUCUAAAUUUUGACCAGCUGUCUACCUAUUUCCGUUCGUGCAGUUAGGUAAUGCAUCUAUCAGUCGCUAAGCAUUGUGUUGACCUAUUCACAAUGAUUUUAUUAUUGACUUACAUCGAUUCAUAAAAUACUGUUGUUCUUCUAAUUUGCACAUUUAAAAUCUGUAACUCCGUAUUUCGAUCUGAUAAGAAGGGUUCAUUAUGAUCAGUUAUGCUAAAUAAUUCUUAUCAUGUGUGAUGUAAAUCUCUCAUAUUUCCAAACAUUUUACUCGUUUCUAUCCACUUAAGUAUAUGACAGCAAUGAGCGGUUAACAAAACCACACUCCAAUCAUGAUACAAGUCUUCUGAACCAGGUAAACCAAAUGCGCGUUCAAAUACCUGCCCACCAACAAAUUCCCCAUCCUUUGCAACCCAAUAAUCCCACUGUCACUUCAAAUCCCCGAUAUUCUCCUAUAGAUCAUCAUGGAUCGCAUCAUUCCCCACCAAUUUCGAAAGAUAGUUAUAACACUGCCUAUCAUCUGCAAGAUCAGUCACAUGUCCUUACUCAUACAUCUCAUUUACAGCAAACUGUAUAUCCUUAUCAUGGAGAUUCAUCCCAGAUGCAAAAUCCGCAGACGACCGCCCACACAACUGAAUUGUCCAAUUCUCAGUAUACGGGGCAUCACUUAUCCAUGCAAUUAAAUAACAGUGCUUCCGGAGAUAACGAUAUUCACCAUUCUGGUAAUCAAUAUCCUCAUGUUUCUACUGGUUUUCAAGCCCCUCCGGCUCCCUAUGUACCUCCAGCUAAAAAGCGGCGGGGGAGACCCCCAACUCAUCCAACUUUUGAUGCCGGUGCUGGAACCUUACUUGACGAAGACGAGCAUACCCUCUAUGGAGCUAUACGAUCGGGAAGAGUAGCUCCACAAACAGUUGUUGAUGAUUGGAUCGAACAAUAUAAGACAAGUCGUGAACCAGCUAUGUUGGAAUUGAUCCAGUUCUUUAUUUCAUGCAGUGGCUGCAAAGGAAAAGUAACACCGGAAAUGUAUAGUCGCUUGUCACAUGCUGAUAUUAUUCGUCGAAUGACUGAAGAGUUUGAUGAAGACUCGGGUGAAUACCCACUUAUACAAUCAAGCCCAGUUUGGAAACGCUUUCGUUCAAAUUUUGUCGAAUUCAUCCAAGUAUUAAUUCGUCAGUGUCAAUAUAGCAUAAUUUACGAUCAAUGCAUGAUUGACCAAGUGAUUUCUUUAUUGACAGGUCUUACUGACUCACAGGUUCGGGCGUUUAGACAUACCAGUACAUUGGCUGCUAUGAAAAUGAUGACUGCUCUUGUUGAUGUUGCGCUCAAUGUUAGUAUCAACAGAGAUAACACACAACGUCAGUAUGAAGCUGAAAGAUCAAAAGUUCAGAACCGACGUGCUUCUGACAGACUUGAAGUGCUAAUGCAACGUCGACAAGAAUUAGAAGAGAAUAUGGAGGAAGUCAAAAAUAUGCUUGUAUACAUUUUCAAAGGUGUUUUCGUUCAUCGAUACAGAGAUAGCCAGGCAGAAAUACGAACAAUAUGCAUGCAAGAAAUUGGUGUCUGGAUGCGUCGUUAUCCAGCUAUGUUUUUAGAUGAUAGUUACUUAAAAUAUGUUGGUUGGACACUUUAUGAUAGAAUUGGAGAUGUUCGUCUUCAGUGCCUUCGUGCUUUACAGCCCUUGUAUGAAGAUCCUGCUCUCAUCAAUAGUCUGGAGCUUUUCACUUCUCGUUUUAAAUCACGUCUUGUGGAUAUGACACUUGAUAAAGAAACUGAAGUAGCAGUUCAAGCUGUGAAACUAGUUUCUUGUAUAUUGAAGCAUAGUGACUCAGUACUUGAAGACAAGGAUUGUGAAAAUAUAUAUGAGUUGGUUUAUUGCACUCACAGGCCUUUGGCACAAGCAGCUGGUGAAUUUUUAACUUUAAAACUUUUUGAAGUUGAUUCCCAUGCUCCUCUCACUAGGACCAGAAAAGGUAAAAAACGUAGUGAAAAUACACCACUCAUUCGUGACCUCGUGCAAUUUUUCAUCGAGAGUGAAUUACAUGAACAUGCUACUUAUUUGGUCGAUAGUUUAUGGGAUUUAUGCCCAAUGCUUCGUGAUUGGGAGGCUAUGCUCGAUUUGCUUCUUGAAGAACCAGGUAGAGGUGAGGAACCUAUGGAUGCAAAUCAAGAAACAAGUUUGAUCGAAAUUAUGGUUUGUUGUGUUCGUCAAGCAGCAACGGGGGAAUCGCCAGUGGGACGACAGACUGGCGGCCAUCAUUCACAUUCCAAUGCCAACUUAUUGACUGGCAUGAGCUUACUGGAGACUGGUGGACGCGGUCGAGGUGGUGCAACUACCGGUACAGGGAACAGCGCUGCACCCUCUUCUCGUGAAGCUCGGGCCCUGGCCGAAGAACGUAGUCGUAUGACAGAAGCAAUGAUAACUGCUAUACCAGCACUCCUUGCUAAGUAUGGUGAAUCUCCUGAACGAGCUACAAACCUUCUUGCUAUUCCACGAUACAUGGAAAUGGAACUCUACACUACGGGCCGACAUGAAAGACAUUUGGAUCUUCUUUUACAAGCUGUUCAGGAUAUUGUAGUACGUCAUACUGAUCCACACACAUUAUUGGCUUGUUCGCGCGUUUACGAAUCGUUGUGUAUUGAUGAAUUAAGCAUUUCUGCAAAGUGUCAAACUGUCCGUGGGACGCUGUUGGAUCGUUUGGUGGAUCUUUAUCGGGAUGCGUUCUUAAACUACUUUAAUGAUCAGGGAGAGGAACCCGAUCAGGAUGAUGAGUUUCACUUACUAGCCGCAUUGAAACGAAUUUAUGCGUUUUACGCUUGUCACGAUCUUUCUGGAUUGGAUUUAUGGGAUAGUCUUAUCAGGAUCGCACAAUCCGGAAAUGAUGCCAACGGUGAAAUUGUGGCUCAGGCUGUUAGCUGUUGCUCUAAAGCUCUACUGUGGAAUCUUGCUAGAAUAGGAGAGGCCGAUGUCGACAAAACAGAUUUGAACAAACUAAGAAGACGGUUAAAUCUGUAUAUGGACGUAUGUAUUGGCUACCUAGAUCAUUCAUGCAAACGGUUAGCAUCAGAAUCGUUUCUGUCCAUUUGUGAUUUGCUCGUUGUUUUUUCACGUCAUCUUUCCAUCCAUUUGCCAAAUCUGAAAUCUAUCAUUUAUACAGCCGACAGGGAUCUUGAACUCAAAUUGACCAAUUUUCUGGAGCAACGGGUUUUUGUUGAUGAUGACGAUGAAGAGGAUGAUGAAAAUGUCAAAUUUGAAUCGCUUCACGAAAGGCGUACACAGCUAGCUGCAUUUUUUAAACUAGUAAUAUAUAAUUUGAUUCCUAUACGAGCAGCUGCUCCAAUCUAUAAAUAUUAUAUUCGGUCUUUCAAUGAUUUUGGUGAUAUUAUGAAAUCUACACUAGCCAAAGCUCGUGAAAUUAAUCGCGUGCACACCGCUCGUAUGAUUGCGCAUUGUUUAGAAUUAUGUUAUCUACAAGUAGAAGCAGCUUCUAAUAAUAGUGUUGAACGUGGUUCUGAAGGUCUCCAAGCUGUAAAGGAACUUGCUAGGCGUCUGAAUCUCAGUUUCGGUCUCGACCUAAUUAAAAUACGAGAAUCUAUGGUUGCCUUUCACUCGGAAGGGAUACAAUUUUGUGUUUCUCGAGCUGCUUCCACAGCUGCUGCAACAGGUCAAACCCCUGGUGUCCCAAGCAACUUACUUUUCCUUGAAGUUGUCGCUGAAUUCUCAAACAAGCUUCUCAGACAAGACAAGAAAAGCAUAUGUGAAUAUCUACGUCGAAUUUUCCCAAAUCCUGUUGGCAGUGAAUGGGCUAGUCUGCAUGCCUAUCGAUCAAGUCUGGAUCCUGACAACACUGAUAAUGCUCCAGGACAUGAUGGAGUUAGUCAUGCUACAAAUCCUCAAGCUGUCAGCAGUUCCAAUCCUGCUCCAUUACAAGGUAACACGGUGGUACCAACAAGUGGACGUGUAGGAUAUGGGGGUAGGGGUCGCGGUAAAAGACUCCGAGAUUCUGACUCCUCUCUUCCCGACGCAAAUUUAAAUCCACAGUCCACAAGUACAGCUAUCAAGAAGAAGCGCACCAAUAUCGCCAGUAGUAGCAAAAAUGCAUCUGGAAAUGCUUCUAGUAUGACUGCAGUUGACCCUUCCCGACCUACAUCACCUUCAGAAAUACCCCCCAACAAUGCAGGAUGUGCACCUCACCUUAAUCCUUCGACAUCGAUGACAACUUAAGCUACUCCCGUUCAUCCGUCUAACCAAUAAAUUAUUCAGAAGAAAUGAAUUUUAUGGCCGAUGUGUCUGUGUGUUUUACCGCUUCGAAAUUAUGCAAUUAUCUAGAAGUGUUUCGUUCAGCGAACAUCUUCAGAUGUUUAUAUCUGUAAAUAUAGACAACUGACGCUUUAUAUAAUUAUCUUCACACAGAUUAAUCCCAACCGGCUGUAUUAUUUAAAUCCCUUUCCAGAAAUUGUACAUUAUUUUUAGGUUACCGACUUGAUUAUCACAAUUGUCCACAAACUUAGUUCUUUUCUAUUUGUCUCUCCCUCCUAUACUAAAGCAAAUUGUUUUUGUAUCAUGCGUUUUUUAAAGCCCUCAUUUUUACUUGAUAUCUAAUUCUCCCCAAAGUUAUUGUAUUUUUCAAAUUUUGUUUGUAUACAGUGAUCAGCCAUUAUCAGGCUGGGAGAAUGCUGUAGCUCAUUUAAACAAUGUUGUUCAAAAUUGUGCAGAGCAGAACUAUUUUUACACAGAGAACUUGCUAAUAUUAUUAUGUAAAUUGCCUUUUUGUAAAACUAAUCACCUUUAUUAAAUAGUACUGCACUACGUAGUUUUUUUCAACUAUUUGUCCUUUCUUUUUUCGUAUUAAUUUUUUUCAUGCUAACAACUUUUCAAUUAAAAUUUCCAAACAAUAUUUACUCAAGUUCAAUAAAAACACUUGUUUGUACACCAUUUAUGAUGCGUUUGACAUUUGAUUUCAAUAAUUGUGUUACAUGAUUAUUUGUUUUCAUUCAGAUUUCCUAUAAUCCACUUGUACAAUAUUCAUUUUGUUCAUAUUAUUAUUCUUUAUUAAGAUUUAGGUAGCUUCAAUUUUUUUCCAGUUUUGUUAAACUGUACGUCUAUCUGGUAACAAAAACCUUGUACAGAACUUCUUAUCUGCAAGACGUUCAUUAUUAAUUUAUUUGAUUGUUUUCUAUCAUUACUAAGUGCCUCCUAAUUCAUUGUCUUACUGUUCAAGUACUCUUAAUCGUUUUCCUAAAAAUCCACUGUCAUCACAGUUCAGUGUGCUAAAGACUGCCUUGGUUGUUUCUUAUGUUC